UGUCGUCGGUCGGACCACUUUUUGUCAGUGACUAAUAAUCUAACAUGUUGCUAUUUCAAAUCCAGUAGUCAGACUACAGUUACUUAUCGAAAUCACUUCUUUUAAUGCAGUUUUGUUUAUAACAUCUUAGUUACUGUUGUUUAUUUGGUUCCAGUGUUAAAUGUUAUUUUGAAAUUAAAGUUUUUUCUUAAUUUUGAGGGGGCGCACGCACAUUAUUGUGCAUUAUUAUUAUUAUUUUAGUGAAAAAUGGCCUCCAGACUGCAAUGCUAUUAUUUCAUCACCCCAAUUUCUGGGACAGUUUAUCGUCCAGCAGGAUUUCUUGUUGUGACAGGCCUGGAAACGACUAACCGAUCGGCUUUUCUUUUUUCGUCCCCUGCGGUGCUGACACUCUUCCAGGUCAGCUGAUGGGAAUGAAUGAGAUCACAGAGAAGCUAACUCUAGACGCCAAGUGUCGGAACGAGCACGCCAUCGUCCAGAGAGUGACCACGGCCGCCAACCUCAGCCGCGUUCCCUGCGGCUCAGACAAAGAGUGCAGUCCUCCUGUUCCUCCUCCUGAACAUCCUGCCCACAGGUUUGCGGGCAGAACGGUGACCAGCGGCAGCCUGGUGCUGGUCACUGUGACGACCAGAGAGGAGGGCGCCGCCCAGCUGACGAUCAACUGUGAGAAAAUGGUGAUCGGCACCAUGCUGGUUAAGGACAUCCUGCUGGCCCUGACGCAGUGACGACAAGCGGACGCCCGGCUCCACUUGUGCCCCCCUCACUCCAGCCACCCCGCGGAUUUUGUUUAGGACUGCGUUCUCCAACAAGC